AUGGCACAAAAGGAGCGUACAGCGACGCGGCUGUCCGGCUGGGACCAAGUUGCAAUGAGAGGAUACAUGAGCAUCGCUCUAUGCUUCCCGUUCGACAACACACAAACUGAUGCGGCGAUGAAGCAUAUCGCAGAUAGCCUAGCCCGUGUUGCACUACACCGGCCUGACCUCGCCGGUACGCUUGAGGUGCGCGAGAAUGGAAGUGUGUACCAUAUUUCUGGGCAGAACAGCACAAUUCCGUUUUCGGUUGAGGGUGUUCCCAAAGAGUUUCCCUAUGACUCCUACGACGAGCUCAAGUCUGCUGAGUUUCCUCCCGGCGCAUUUGUUCAUCCGCAGUUUUUACUGUUGUGUCAGUUGGCCGAAGGCCAGCCAGGCGUGCCCGUCUCAGUUGUAAAGGCAUUCACAAUUCCUGGUGGCCUCUUCCUAGUCGUCUACUUCUGCCAUGCCUUUGCAGAUGGGGACUGCAAACGCAUUUUCCUUGACAUGUUUUCUCAGCAGACACGCGGGCUUACAUUUGAAGCUCCGUCGACCAAGCAUCUUAACGUCCCAUUUGCCAAUGAGUCCAAUACCAAUGACAAGGUCGGAAGCCGGCUUAACGAGCUUCUCCAAAAGGUGCCAGAGUACCAGAUCCUCGACCAGCCAGUUGGUCCAACGACGCCAAAUUUCAGACCGGGCGGCGUUCCCAUGGCGGACAUCACCAAGAUCGGCAAGAUAUUUGUUUUUGACAACGCCCGUCUCAGCCAACUACGUUGCUCUGUGUUUGGUGCCGGCAAACCGGCCAUAACCAGCCGAAAUGGAAUUAGCAGCACAGAUGGGAGGUUGAGUGACGAAUCCAAGACGAGAACCAGCGGUCAAUCUACCCCGGUGUUUAAUCUUCCUUCUAACUACACCUGCCUCGCUGGUCUGACGUGGGCGCACAUCUCAAAAGCCCGGCUGUGCGAUGCCACGCAGUACAUGCCACAUAGUCCAGAGGUUGACGGCAUCGCCCUUCUACAGACAAUGGUGAACUGGAAGAGCCGGGCGCUGCACGACCUCAAACCGACUUACUUUGGCAAUGCCACGGCCAUUGCCGUGACGCAGCUACCGACCAAGGACAGCAUCCUCUCGCGUGCUUCAAGCAGCCCGUCCGACCUGGCCAAGCUCGUCUUCACGAUCGAGAAGACGAUUGCGGGUGUGGACGACGAUUUUGUCUCUGACCGUACCGAGCUAUUCAGCCGCGUCUCGGACCCGCGCUUUGUCGGUCUCCGAUUUGACCCCCGGACGCCGCAGGACUUGGGCUUCAACACGUGGCGAUUUUUUGGUGCGGACACAAAAUGGAACAUCCCGGGCAUCAAGGGUGAUUCCACUCCAGAGGUAAUCCGAAGGCUGCAGGGGAUGUGGAACAUGAGCGGAGCUUUGAUUCUUCCGGCCAAGGCCCUCUCGCCCACACACGAGCUCCUCGUCACCUUGCCGAAGACGUCGAUGGACGUGCUGUGCAACGACCCCGAGUGGAUGAAAUGGGUAGACCACGUGAUUGGUUGA